AUGGAAAUCGAUACAACUCCCACUCGCGACCCGUCGCGGUCCACAAUCACACCUGACCGCGAUGCGCACGGUGGAAAUGACAGCGAUGAUGCCGGCGUCAAUUCGCCUGCCAUAUUGACGCCAGGCGCAAAGAUUCGGGCCAUUAUGGCAGCGUAUGAUUCUGAUUCUGAUUCUGAUCCCGAUUUGGAGGGGCAGCGGGAGAAGGGGCUGGAAAUUAACCACUCAAGUCGCCCUAAUAAGAGCAGCGACAAUCAUGCUGCCAGCGAGAAGACAGAGAAGCCUGUGUCAAGGCCAUUGUUUACACCAUUUACUUAUCAUCCUCAGGAUGAUGACGAUUCUAUGGAUGAAGAGGAAGAGGAGUUACCUGUGCAGCCAAAGGGAAGGAUGGCGGCACAGAUGCAGGCGUCAGCGGCGGAGCUGGGUGCAGCUGUGUCCCAGAGGGACAGCUCGCAUGAGCGGGGUUUGAUAGGGUUGAUACAAGAGCCGGAAGGUAUUAUUAAGGGUAAUAAGGGUGUUCCCCCUCCGGUUUCUGAGGAUGAGGAGGAGGAUCAAGAUGUUCGCGCACCUGGAAGGAGGAGAGUGUCUGCUGUAGCAAUGGAGUCGCGUCGAUCGUAUUCUCCCCUCUUUGUACCGGAGGGGUCGCCCAGACUUCAUGCAAUUACGGGCGGAGCCAUGGAGACGGACGAUGAAGUCCAAACAAGCACAAGGAGAGCCCGUCCGAGUCGCGGACGGAGAUCUGCCUCGAUAGUUUCGAACCGGUCAUUUUCGCCCCUGUUCGUCUCUCAGGAUUCUCCCAUUGCGAAAAGAGAGUCUGAUAAUAUGCGGGAUGUCGUGGAAACGGAUGAUGAGGAUGGGAGGAUCGGGUCAAAAGCCCAUAAUAGGCUUAUGGCUCUCGUUGAGAAGAAGCGAAAGGAACGCGAAGCCCGCGAACAACUAGAGGCAGAGAAGAAAGCUGCCAGGUUACAAAGAUCGAGCGAGCUAGAAGAAACGCUACUGAGUGCUGAUCGACUCAGCGACGACGGUGAUGAUUCGGAGUCUGGGAGGAAGUUAACGCAACAUUCGCGCCCCUCUGCGCGAAAAGCAAGUAAGAAGGCGUUGCUGGAGAUGAAUCGCGAGACUCAACGUAUGAGUCGUAACAUGCAGCUGACACACCGGGCUGUGACGAAGAAGAAGAUUACGCUAGAUAGCUUUUUGGCUAAAUUUAAUAGCAGAAGUUCAUCGAUGAAUGCGACUGCGACUACAACUCCUGCAACUGCUUCGUCGGAUCGUGAGGAAUGUCAACAUAGGCAUAGCAGCACACCUCCCACUUCUCCAUUGGAAGAGGGGAUUUCGGAGGACAAACCCCUGGAGGUGGCUGCCGAAGAUAACGGAAGUGGAGUUAACGUGUCGAAUGAUGAUGACGACCCUUAUCUUCCAUCCGUGGCAGAAGUAUUCGCUGCAUCCGUGCGGGAUUCUCACGCACAAGUUGAUCCCUCUCGUCUGGAGCGGCGACAAUCGAAAGCGCCCUCCGUUGCUCCAGCACCAGAAGUAUCCAAUAAAACAACUCGACCCGUCCGUGUCCGUCUCUCCCGCCAAUUGGUCGCUGAGAGUCAAAAGAAUGACGCCGAUUCUGAUUUGGAAAUCAUCACUUCCCCUGCUAAAACUCGUCGCAUCGCUGUGUUUGAGAACCUUCCGGCGCGUAAUAACCAGUCAUCCUCCACAUUACUGAAACUUAGAGCUCUAGCGCAGCUCACAUCUCCGCCGCGCCACGGACAUACAGUCAUGAUGACCCGCAGUGAACUGGAUAGCGACUUGUUCCGACGCGCACGGCUGCAGGCGUUACAAGAACGGCAGGAGAAGAUUGAGGAGUUGAGGGCCAAGGGAAUUGUUAUUGAGAGUGCGGAGGAACGUCAGCGUGUUAAUGAUGAGGUUGAGGACCUGCUGGAGAAAGCUAGGGGGGAGGCAGAGGAGAUUGCGAGAAGGGAAAAGAAAGCGGCGAAAAAGAAUGGGGAAAAUGUGGAUGUUGUUGAUGUGGAUGAUAGUGAAGAUGAAGAUUAUGAGGGAGCGGACGAGGCGGAGGGCCUUUCUGGGUCCGAGGAAGAAGAUGGAGAGGACAUUACGGUCAGUGAUGAGGAGGGAGAAGGAGAGGAGGAAGAGGAAGAGGAGGAAGAGGAAGACGAGGCAUUGGAAGAAGGCGACAAGUCCGUUGAUGAGAGAGAUGAGGGUACCGGGUUCAUCCGUAAUGAGGCAGACGAAGCUGAGGCCUCUGAAGGCGAAUGUGAAGGGAGCGAAUUCGACGAUACGCAAAUAAAUGGAAGAAGCGGGGAUUUCCCACGGAGAAACCGAAGGAAUGUUCUUAGCGACGACGAUGAUGAUGAUGAUGAAAAUGGAGAUGUAGAUGCCAUUCCCAACCCAAAAGAAACACCAGCCCGAAUAUCCUCCCAGCCUCUGAUCCCAGACCUUGGAGCCUUGCGGACACCACUAAUGAACCUAACGCAAGCAUUCGGUGCUACUUUUGCGGAUAGCCAGGAUAUCGAAGAGGACUCUCUCGCCGUGCUUCGCAGAAUGCCAGAUACUGAGUGCCCCGUUGAUCAACUUCUGCUAGAGCGAGACUCACAGGAAAUUGUUCGUGACAGCCAAGGGCAGGAUUCCGUCCCGCUUGAUUUGUUUGCGAGUUAUCCACAAGCCGAUGGCGAGGACCGGGUGUCAGAGUCCCCUGCUGCUAGGACGAUCACGUCAUACUCCCAGGCCCCUGAACCGACGCAAGAUGUUGGCUUUGUAUAUUCUCCUUUUGAUCAAGGGAAGAGAUUUACUGAUGCGUACGCACUGGUGCCUGCAUCCGCCAUUGAUACGGUGCCAGUUGCGGGUGAAGAAUCUCCAAUUGCCCGACGGGCUGGUCGAAGGCUCCUGCGCCGUGGACCUGUGGCCGAUCUUUCUGACGUUGAUGAAAACAGCGAUGAUGAUGAAGGGUUCCUAAACAAAUCUGACGCCUUUGAUGUUAUGCGCAAGGCUGUGAUCAAGAAGAAGCAGAAGGCUACUCAGACCCUUUUUGACAAGUCGAAAAGUAGGGCACGCGAUGUUGUUGAUGAGGUGGCUGAAGAGUCUGAGGAUGAAUAUGCGGGGUUGGGAGGGGCGAGUGAUGAAAGUGCUGGUGAGGAGGACGAUAUUGAUCUUGACGAACAGCAAGUCAAUAAACUGAUGAGGGAUAUAACUACUGGUGCCCUUCGGCGCAGGCGCGGAGCAGGUGGUGACGACUUGGAUCUUUCCGAUUCCGAUGAUGAACGUCUCGCAGCACGCCGUCGUGCAAAGAGAAGGGAAUUCGCCAAGAUGCGCAAGGCUCUCCUGGCUGAUGAAAAGAUAGGGCAGAUCGCAGUGGAUCCGAAAAAAUCUGCUUUCUUGCGCACUAUCGAAGAUAGGGAUGUGGAUAGUGAUGUGCAGAUGACGGAUUUCAUGGAAGGGGGAGAUGUGAGCAGUUCGCAGGACACGUCACAGGACAAUAUUAUCGGCCGCCAUCAAAACCAUGUAGGAGUGAACGAUCAUUCUGCCGAGCAGGGCGAUGUUUCCAUAGCCAACAACAAGCGCAAGCGCCCACUUGACCAGUCGGGUCCUGAUAUGCUGAAUCGUGCGCCGUCGCACAUGCGUCGUACAGCGGAGAGCGCGAUCAGGAAGAAGCCCUUAACGCUCGCUGAGAUCCGCGAGUCGGUAUCUUUCCUCCUUGAUGGAGUCGAUUCUAAUGCCUCAGAACCACCCGAUGAGGAUAUACUACUCUCCGAUGAGCAGAUGGAUGGAGAGGCCUAUUCACGACACGGUGAAAUCGCCGACGAACAGCAUGAAGAAAAUAACCUGGAAACCCACCCCUUCCCCGCUGACAAUAGCGACAGCAACGACAAUCCUAUUCAAUCAACCACCAGCGACACAAGCUCAAACACUAACCACAUCCACCGCCGCCGCCGCCAGCGCGGCAAAGUCGUCGACCGCCUCUCACUCCGCAGACAAGCAUCCUCCAACGCCGCCCGCACUUCCAACACCUCAACCCCUGCAACAAUAACCGCAACUUCAGGCACCCGUCAGGCCUUCGUUGCCAACGACAGCACGCCAUUCUUCAAGCGUCCACCACCCCUCAUCCGACGCGCAACAACGUCUUCGUCAUCUUCGUCAUCUUCAUCCUCUUCCUCGGCGAGCUCGUCGGUGACGUAUGCCUCGGGCUUGGCGGUGUCAGUGACGGAAUCACGAGCGGGAGUCCAGUUGCACGGUGGUAAUGGGAAGAAGGGGUCUGUGAACUACUACGCGGCGGCGAGGGAGAGGCAGAGAGAGUGGGAGCUUAGGAGGGGGGAGAAAAUGGACAGCCAGAGUGGGAAGGGAGUGGGAAACGGAGGGAGGCCGGCCGGAGGUGUUUUGAGGGGAUUGCUAGGGGGUGGGGGUUGGGAGUGA